AUGGAGUUGUGUGUAAAGAGUGGAUUGGAGGUGAACUCGCAGAAUGAUGUCGGGGACACAGCUCUACACAUGGCAGCACUCUGUGGAAGAAAGGAGGUUGUUCUGCUGCUCUUACGGUACGGUGCAUCUGCCACACUACUCAACGGAUGUGCUCAGACCCCCAGGGAUAUCACCGACGAUGAUGAAGUCAUUACUAUGCUAGAAGCUGCGGAAAGACGAGAGGCUAGGAAGAUGGAGGGAAGACUUUUAGAUGCAGCAAGAGAAGGGGAUCGUGACGCUCUGGCUCAGUUGCUCAACAAGAACAAACCUCCAGACGUCAACUGCAAGGACUCGCAUGGGGAUACGGCGUUACACAUUGCAGCCUGCAGGGGGCAUAACGAGUGCGUGGACGUGCUGGUUCAGAGCGGAGCCAGCUUCAAUGCAACCAACAAAAACGGCCAGUCUGUGUUGGAUGUUGCGAAAGAUGAUCGAAUAAGAUCCUAUCUGGAGAAAUGUCAAGAAAAUAAAUGGGUGGAUGCCUUCGAGGAGCACGCCAUGUACAGCGCCUUCUGUGGAAGUCAGAGCGAAACACCUCUACCCAAAGGAGAAGAGGAAGUGAGUGAAGAAGUAAUGGACCUGGACCACUGCGUCUCGCACUCUCUUCAAGCGGCUGAAAGUUAUCAAAGGAUGCUGGAGUCCCAGGUGGCCAUGUUCUUCUCUAUGGUCAUGAAUGAGGACAACAAUGAUAUAACAGGUCCUGAGCUCCUCAAAGCCAGAGAGAUAUGUGAGCUAUGCAGUGAGACAAGCUCAGUGUUAAGACACUGUGUGGAUCUCCUGUCCCAGCGCACAGAGGUGUGGAACGUGAGGUUGGAACAGGAAGUAGAAAAGAACAAGCUCCUCUCCGAGGCUCUGCAGAAGUUGGCGACAGAGCAUCAGCGUCUCAAGGAGAACCUUUCUCCUGGCAGAAAUUCACCGUCUCUAAGCUCACUCCCCGAGGAUGAAUUCUACGACGCUGUCUCUGGUGAGUGAUCUACAGUACAGUCCUGAGGAUUCCACUUCCUGUCCUAAAAAGAAAGCAGACUCAUUUUCUUAAUAAUUUCUG